CCGUGCUGGCAGCGCGAGGCGCCAGCUCGCGCGUUGCUGUGUGCGUGCCGCGCAAAAAUGGCGAGGUGGCGCCGUUAGUGCGGUAAUAAAGACAAAAAACGCCGAGAGUGUUGUGCUGUGACUGUCAGCUGGCUGUUUGCCUUGGCCUUUUCUCCCCGCUACGAGUCCGCUGUGAGUGAUGUUUAUGUUGCCGAGGCCCUCGCGCUGACGCGAGUCCCCAGUGAGCGGAAGCACACCGAUGUUUCAGUGAACCGGUUACGCUGGCCUGCCUCCGCGUGCAGCCAGGCGCCACUCCGCCAGCUAGCCGCAGUAUGUCUGCGCACUAACGUGUUUCAUUUUUUUGAACGCUUGUGUUAAGCUAGGGCGCUUAACACAGCGACCUCACGGCCAUUUGCGGGGUUUUUGCGGCCGGCUGUACGACCACUUUCCGCCUACCCAAGAUCGCGCUGCCCUGCGGACGCGCUUCCGCUCUCCGGUGGUUACGGCUUUUUCAUCCUUACUAGAGCUUCUAUUAAGCAGGUGAAAGAGUUCUGUGUUUUCAUGGGCCAUUGCUCUACGAGGCUAAGUGUGUAAAAGUUAAUAUCAAGGACAAGCAAGUGAGGUACUUUAUUCAUUACAGUGGAUGGAAUAAAAACUGGGAUGAAUGGGUCCCUGAAAGCAGAGUGCUUAAAUAUGUGGACACCAACCUGCAGAAACAAAAAGAGCUUCAAAAGGCUAAUCAGGAUCAUUAUGUUGAGGGAAAGAUGAGGGGUGUAGCACCAAGCAAGAAGAUUGCUGCUGUGCAGCAGAAAAACGUUGAUGUGAAAACAAAAAAGAAUAAACAAAAGACACCAGGGGCAGGUGAGGGGGCCAGCUCAGGGGAGAUGCCACAGCCCCCGCGAAAGAAGAGGGCUCGCGUUGACCCCACCGUCGAGAGUGAGGAGACGUUCAUAAACCGCGUGGAGGUGAAGGUGAAGAUCCCGGAGGAGCUGAAGCCAUGGCUGGUAGACGACUGGGACCUCAUCACCAGGCAGAAGCAGCUUUUUCAUCUUCCAGCGAAAAAGAACGUUGAUACGAUCUUAGAGGACUAUGCAAAUUAUAAGAAAUCAAGAGGGAACUCCGACAACAAAGAGUAUGCUGUAAACGAGGUGGUUGCCGGUAUUCGGGAGUAUUUCAAUGUCAUGCUCGGCACCCAACUCCUUUACAAAUUCGAGAGGCCGCAGUACGCGGAGAUCUUGGCAGACCAUCCUGACGCACCCAUGUCCCAAGUUUAUGGAGCCCCGCACCUGCUGAGGCUCUUUGUGCGAAUUGGGGCGAUGCUGGCCUACACUCCCCUAGACGAGAAGAGCCUGGCUCUGCUUCUGAACUACCUGCAAGACUUUCUGAAGUACCUAGUGAAGAACUCUCCCACCCUCUUCAGUGCCACUGAUUACGAAGUUGCACCUCCGGAGUACCACCGAAAGGCUGUCUGAGUAAUGCAGUCAUCCUUCCCAGGAUGUCAACUAAGGAUCUUUUUCAUCCCUCCCCGUUCUCCAUUUCCUCCACUUGGGGCUCUGUCAGACACUGUCCCAGAGUCCCAGGAGUAGAUCUCUGCAAGGGAAGCAGUAAUUUGACUUUGGACGUGUGAGUCAGAUGAGCCUCCAAAUUGACCUUCACAUUCCAUUAUUCCACCCUUGAGAAGUUGAUGCAGCUUUUUCAGUUCAUAUCGGAAGGACAUUCUAAUAAUAUUUGCUCGCAUAUUCCUAUAUAUAUAUUUUUUUUUGUGUUCCCUUUUUGUUUGGAGAGCCUGUUCAUCUACAUUGAUGUAUUUGUAUUAUGUGGAAGCCCAAUCAGUCCAUUCUUGAUGAAGAACACCAGAAGAGGCUUUGUCUUAUUUUAUAUUUUUUUUGUUUUUUUUAAAUAGAAACACAUGGUGCUUUGUUUUUGUUUACAGUCAUUUUAUAAUAAAAUGUCACUGUUCUCAUUAAAUUCACGUUUGUGUCUGAAAUCCUUAUUCUGGCUUUCAUGGCAGCCCUGUUAAUGCAGUUUUGAAAUCUGAGAUCAGGAAUUUGGGAUUUUAUAGGAACAAUGAACAGAUUCUGUUAGUGACUGCUUGCCUUAUAUUGCAGUACUAAUGGCACUGAAGCUGGAUGUUGUUAUCCUGUACAAUACUGGGCAUGGUUGUGUGUUCUGCUAUUUAUAAACCUGGGUGUGUACCAAUGUCAGUUUUGGCUCUCUCUUUGUAACCCGUAUGAUGAAUUUAUGCUGUUUCGUGAUCUGAGAACCUCCAAAUGACUGACAGGAUUUCUGUCUAAGUGCUCUGUGGUCCUAGAUGUUUUUUCAUUUGUCUGGAGUUAAAAUUUAAAAAAGCAGCAUUAGGAGAUGUUUUGAAAGAAUCACUAUUCAAAGUGCAUUUUUCAUUGUAACGUUUCCUGCUGGAAAUGGAAGCCUGUCAGUCUGAAGUGCGCUCGGUGUGGUGUGGUGCGGUGCUGCUGCUCAGGGCUGGCAGUUCCCCUGUGUGAUGUGCGAGUGCCAAAGGCAGAUGGACAAAUCGUCUGUGUGCUUGAAGGCUGACGCUUUAAGCACAGCAAACGAUGCCACACUUGUUGGAUUUCCUCUUACGUACAUGACCUGAACAUUGAUGUAUAUUUAUUUUUUUGUCCCACCUGUGAUUCUUCAUCAGCCUUUGGUUCGCUGUCUACAAACACUAAAUAAAACACAUUUUUCCCUUUAAAUCACCCCCCCUCCCGAAGAAUGGCCUUGGUACAUUUUUUUGAGAUACUUUUCUUUCUUCUGGUUAUUUUGGGAGUAACGCUGUAGUGUCAUUCUUCCUGCUAUUUAUAUGCUAUGAUGUGUAUUGUUGGGUAUUUGGUGCUGUGGCAAGUACCAUUUUUACCAUAUUUGGUUUCAUGGAUUGAAAUUUUGAUUUUUUCAGAUGAUAGAAAAUCUUCUGUUAUUGCAACGAUUUUACUGUGUCACUUGUGUUUUAAUGAAUUAAACAGGUUGUUCCACAGAAA